GUUUACUUAGAGUCAGUCGAGCACCAGCCGGGGACUAGGUUUGUAGCAAUAACAAAAACUCUCCGUCAGUCAGUGAGGCAGAAUCGUCUAAAUCCAAACAAAGUUUAGUCAGUUCUUAUAUAACGCAAAAGAGGAACUAUCAUUUCUAAAACAAAAGCAUUUUUCAAUUAAAGAUUAUUUAUUACCAAUAACUGACGCUGACAUGGAUUUCGACGAAUAUCGCCAAAGAGGCAAAGAAAUGGUGGACUACAUCGCCGACUACCUGCAGAACAUCCGCCAACGGCGCGUUUUCCCUGAUGUCAAGCCGGGCUAUAUUCGCCACCUGCUGCCGGAGCAGGCGCCCGAGCUGGGCGAAGAUUGGGACACUAUCUUCGCUGACGUCGAACGCGUUGUCAUGCCUGGAGUGACACACUGGCAGAGUCCCUACAUGCACGCUUACUUCCCGGCUCUCAACUCUUUCCCAUCGUUGUUGGGCGAUAUGCUAGCCGACGCCAUCGGUUGUUUGGGCUUCACAUGGGCUUCGAGUCCAGCUUGCACCGAAUUGGAAUCGUUGGUGAUGGAUUGGCUGGGCAAGAUGAUCGGCUUACCCUCCGAGUUCUUGCACGCUCGCAGCGACAGCCUGGGUGGAGGAGUCAUCCAAACGACAGCAAGCGAAUCGACGUUCGUAGCCCUGUUGGCCGGACGGACGGAAGCCAUAAGACGCUACAAGAUCCAAUAUCCUGAUCUGGAAGACGCUGAAAUCAACAGCCGUCUAGUAGGUUAUUGCUCUGACCAGGCUCACAGCUCGGUGGAGAAAGCCGGAUUGAUCGGCCUGGUUAAAUUGCAUUACAUUGAGAGCGAUGACGAGCUCAGCAUGCGAGGCGACACGCUGGCCACUGCCAUCGCCCAAGAUCGCGACAAAGGACUCAUUCCAUUCUUCGUUUGCGCUACGCUUGGCACAACCGGUGCUUGUGCUUUUGAUCAUCUGCGCGAGAUUGGCGUCGUCUGUCGCUCCGAGGAUAUUUGGCUACAUGUUGAUGCUGCUUAUGCCGGAACAGCUUUCCUAUGCCCAGAAUUCCGGCACUGGUUAGACGGCAUCGAAUUUGCCGACUCUAUUGCAUUCAACCCUUCCAAAUGGAUGAUGGUUCACUUCGACUGCACCGCCAUGUGGGUGAAAAAUUCCGGCGCUCUUCAUCGCACAUUCAACGUGGAACCACUUUAUCUCAAACACGAGAAUUCAGGAAUGGCCAUCGAUUACAUGCAUUGGCAAAUUCCUUUGAGCAAGAGGUUCCGCGCUUUAAAGCUUUGGUUCGUCAUCCGCAGUUACGGCCUCAACGGCCUGCAAAAACACGUCCGCCACGGCGUUCGUCUGGCUAAAGAAUUCGAAACUAUGGUGAAAUCGGAUAACCGUUUCGAAAUUCCGGCUGCCCGUCAUUUGGGCAUGGUUGUUUUUCGUCUUAAAGGACCCAACGAUUUGACUGAAGCGCUCCUGAAAAAGAUCAACACUUCCGGCAAACUACACUGCGUUCCAGCAGCGUUAAAAGGAAAUUACGUCAUCCGUUUCACUGUCACUUCGGCGCACACGAAAUUGACGGACAUCGAACGUGAUUGGGAAAUUAUAAAAUCUAUUGCAGCAAUCGUGAUUGAUGCCUGCCACUCGAACCACGCCAUUAACAUGGCUGGUGACGAUCAAUUGGAAGAAAACGGUCAUUCGUCUGGACAAGAGACGGGCGACGACGAGGCAAUGGGUGGCGUACCUCGUUCCAAAACCAACAAGAUGCCACUGGCUGAAACGCGGAAGAACAAGAACUUUGGGACGAGUUUGUUGCUGGCUAAUCGACCCAUGUCACCUAAAAUCAUCAAUGGUAGCUUUGCAGCCAUCUUUGACAAUGAUGACGUCCUUUUUGACCUAGCCAAAAAGAUUUCGCAGUUCCGUUACGGAGAGGAUGACUGUCCCGCGACUCAACGACGCAUUCGUGGGAUGUUGAUGAGUGGUAAACAGUUGUCCCUCGACUCCAGGAUCGAUCUUGUCCAGCGUUUGGUCACGGAUAAAGAAGGUUCCAAUCCACAAAUCGAUGAGAGUUCUGAAUGUCUGGCCACUCCGUCGGACAUGGAAGAAGUGCCGGAAGAGGGCAGCCUGAAUGACGAGGAAGAACAUCAACGUGAUCGUUCACAUUCAAUGGAUAAUCCCCGCCAAUUGUCUUUGUCGAAUAGCUGCCUUGGAUCCGGAGGCGGAGGCAGCCUAAAGAAGAAGAACGUUGCGUUCUCUGAACGAGCAGGAUCGAUUCCGGAAGAUGGAGAAAAUACAGCGGUUAAUAUUACUGAAAGCGAGAGUAAUCCCAAGAAGAUCUGAAAAUUGCGGAGAUUCAGGAAAAGUCACCUUUCCAUACUGAAUAUGAAAUAUCGGUCAUUUCGAUGACAGGCAGAUGCAAACAGGUUUGAUCAAAUCAGCAUAAUAAAACGAGAGAUGGAACGUCAUAUUAUACCCAGUAGCACCGUAGAAUUUUCAAAAUUUAACAGUCGUAGCUUCUUCAUCGUUUAUUCCAGUAGUUGGCUAAUUGUAAAUGUUUCCCAUGCAUAAUGAUCGUGUGAUUUUUCGAAGUCUUAAGAAAGUAUGAUACCGUUCGCCGCGCACAUGUUAAAAAAAAACACGAUUCGUACCUAUGAUGGUUUUAGGCCGGAGCUCUAUCUUGGGCCUAUGGUAAUAUUUUAUUUCGCACUUGGUGCAACCAUUCAACGCCAAGAGGCUACGAUGUCCAAAGAGACUGGUCUGUCGUUUGGUUUCCGUUUCUUAAGCUUUCAUCGAUGUCUGGAACUUUCUCGCUGAAUAGUGAAAAAUGUUAAGCCGUUCCUUUCAAUGUUUAUGCGUAGUAAUAUUUAUACUGUCUGCAGUUGUUGAAAGCAAUCAAUAUAUUAAAUGCGACAACA